GAGAAACAGAAAAAAAAAGAAGAAAAUGACUUGACUAUAGACUCAGAGGUUCCAUUGUAUCCUUUUAUAUAAGAGCGUCGCUACCUACGAGAUACGCGUAGUCUUCCCUGUACCGCAUUUUCACAAACUCUUGGCGUACAGUUUCCUCUGUGUUGUUAACGCCCUCCGUUUUCCGACCAACAACACCUCCGCCGGAACCCUAGUAACGAGACAGUAAACCGAGAAAGAAGACACACAAGAAUGAAGUACGUUUUGGUAACUGGCGGUGUAGUCAGUGGUCUUGGCAAAGGCGUUACAGCAAGUAGCAUCGGCGUUGUUCUCAAAGCAUGUGGCCUUCGUGUUACCUCUAUCAAAAUUGAUCCAUAUUUGAACACUGACGCUGGCACUAUGUCCCCGUUUGAGCAUGGGGAGGUUUUUGUGCUUGAUGAUGGUGGAGAGGUUGAUCUAGAUUUGGGAAAUUAUGAACGCUUUUUGGAUGUGACAUUGACAAGGGACAACAAUAUUACCACUGGAAAGAUAUAUCAGUCUGUUCUGGAGAAGGAAAGGAAAGGUGGUUAUCUUGGAAAAACUGUUCAGGUGGUUCCCCACAUCACUGAUGCUAUAAAGGAUUGGAUUGAGUCGGUAUCUCUGAUUCCUGUCGAUGGGAAGGAGGGUCCUGCAGAUGUUUGUGUCAUUGAAUUGGGGGGUACUGUAGGUGAUAUUGAAUCAAUGCCCUUCAUUGAGGCUUUACGACAAUUGUAUUUCACAGUUGGGCAAGACAACUUUUGCCUCAUUCAUGUCAGUCUUAUACCUGUACUAGGUGUUGUCGGUGAGCAAAAAACAAAGCCUACACAACAUAGUGUGCGGGAACUGAGAGCAUUAGGGUUGACUCCCCACUUUUUAGCAUGCCGGUCUGCUCAGCCCUUACUAGAGAACACAAAACAGAAGCUUUCACAGUUUUGUCAUGUUCCUAUUGCCAACAUCCUGAAUAUCCAUGAUGUUCCAAACAUUUGGCAUAUUCCUCUCCUGCUUCAGAACCAAAAUGCUCAUGAUGCCAUUCUAAAGCAAAUGGAUUUAAUGAGGGUUGCGAAACCUAUUGCUUUACGGGAGUGGACGAAAAGAGCUGAGACCUUUGACAACCUCACCAAAUCUGUUAGAAUUGCGAUGGUUGGGAAGUAUGUUGGGUUAACAGAUUCUUACUUAUCUGUAGUGAAGGCCCUUCUGCAUGCAUGUAUUGCAUGUUCGUUUAAGCCAUCCAUUGACUGGAUUGCAGCAUCAGAUCUUGAAGAUGAUAGUGCUCAAUCGACUCCAGAAGUUUAUGCAACAGCCUGGAAGACUCUAAGGGGUGCAGCAUGUGUCUUGGUUCCUGGUGGGUUUGGUGACCGUGGGGUCAAGGGGAUGAUAUUGGCUGCAAAGUAUGCUAGGGAGAAUAACGUACCAUAUCUCGGAAUCUGUUUAGGGAUGCAGAUUUCUGUAAUCGAGUUUGCCAGAUCUGUUUUGCAUUUGGAGAAAGCAAACAGUGAAGAGUUUGACCCCCAGACGCCGGACCUUGUUGUAAUUUUCAUGCCUGAGGGGUCAAAAACACAUAUGGGGAGCACCAUGAGGCUUGGAUCUAGGAAAACAUUGUUCCAGACUCCUGAUUGUAUCACGUCAAAGCUGUAUAACAAUUCUAAGCAUGUGGAUGAACGACAUCGCCAUAGAUAUGAGGUCAAUCCUGAAGUUGUAGGCACUUUAGAAGAAGCUGGCCUGAGAUUUGUGGGAAGGGAUGAAACUGGAAAAAGAAUGGAGAUAUUGGAGCUUCCUGGUCACCCAUUUUAUGUUGGCGUGCAAUUUCAUCCUGAAUACAAGUCAAGGCCAGGGAGGCCUUCAGCUCCUUUUCUAGGUCUUAUCAUGGCAGCAACAGGACAGCUAGAAGCUUACGUCAAUACUCAGCAGAAUGGAAGCAUAUAAGCAAAACAUCAGCACUAACUAGUUGGAUAACUUUUUGCUCACAAGGAAGUCUGAUUUUGUGGUGUGAUCCUCCCAGUUCUCUUAAAGCUUGUCGUGAGAUAAAUGUGGAUGUACUCUGCACAUGUUCUGCCUGUUGACCCAAAGCCCCCUCGAGUGUGAAGCUGCAUGCUAGGGCCGUCAAUCAUUUGGAAGUGAUUUAGCUGAUGCCCGUCUUCUUGUAAAGUUGACGACAGAUAAUUUGAAGAUAUAGUUAGAGUGCUUUAGUUGUCUAUAGUUGACGACAGAUAAUUUGAAGAUAUAGUUAGAGUGCUUCAGUUGUCUCUACUGCAUUUGGGAUGUCACCUUGUUUUCCUUUGUUUUUUUCCCCUUAAAAGUUAAGAAUUGUUUGGAGGAUGACAGUGUUUUAUACAUUUACUGCUUAUUCAGACUCAAUGGAAACCCGAUUGUGUUGUUAAA